AUGCGGUUACGCUGUGUGUAUGUGUGCUCUUCACUUUUGGCGCUAGGUUCCAGUUUUUCGGGCGCCUCCUUUAUAGGGUCGCUCCAAGCCACGAAGGAAAUUUCGCGCCAUCCUUUCAAAUACACCAAGACAUUUCUCCCCAUGGUCGGAGGCGGUGGUUUAAGUGAUGGUGCAGGAUCUGAGCUUACCAACACACUAGCUCGUUUGGAUCAGCAGUGGAAGAUUCAGCAAAAGUCAAAGCCUACUUCUCGUUGGUCGAAAAUUAUUUUGGAUCGUGACACACAGGAAGUCUCCGAGGAACCACCAGAAACGUAUGUUCCUCCCCUACAAGAGAGGCAAGAUUUCGUAUACUUGCUAGAACCACCCAGUAAGUCGAACCCUUCUUGUGUAAUCUUUUUUGUUGGCGGUGCCGGCCUAGGACAAUUCCCCCAAAUAGCCUACAACGAAUUCUUGUUGCGUCUUUCGGACCGGCUGAACGCUGCGGUGAUUGCGGCGCCUUACGCUGUGGGAUUGGACCACUUUGGACUGGCGAAAAGCGUCGGGGAACUUAUGCGCAAGGCAAAACUUCACUGUGAAGAGGACUCGUCAAAACUGUAUCCGAAAACUUUGCCAACCUAUUGCAUUGCGCAUUCAUUGGGGUGCAAGUUGUCCAGCAUCUACAUGGCAGCGACAGAGCAAACGUAUGAUGGCAUUGGUUUUAUGAGUUUCAACAAUUUUGGAUUUAGCCAAACCAUCGGUAUGGCCAAAACAUUUGCCGAUCAACUGCAAAAAAAUAUUGGUAUCGGCCGUGGUAUUCGACCUGAAGUGCUGGAUCAGGUAUUUUCAUUCGCAGAAAUGGCGGUGGGUUCGAUUGGGUUGGACUUCACUCCGAACCCCAUGGAGACAGAGAGGUUACUAACGUUGAAGUAUGAUGAAGAACAGCAGGAACGUACGCGCCUGUUUGUUUUCGAUGACGACAUGUUGGAUUCGACGCAGAACUUUGUGCAAGCUUGCAACGGGGCAGGUCCCGAUGUGUCGGGUUUGCCAGGGUCGCAUUUGACACCCGUCUAUUUCAAGUUGGGCCUCGAUGAACUACCUGACGAAGUGCGAGGCGUCGCUAAGGAGGCGUCAGGCGGGUUGGAAUCCGCAUCAUUUGGAAAUGAGGAAGAACUCAACGCUUUGGUGACCGAAGUCAGUGGCUGGAUUUUGGGAAAAGGUCCCUCGAGAAAGCCUUUGUGGCAAACCGAGCGACCAACAAUUUCUGGUUCGGCAGAAGAUCAGUGA